GACUUUUCCCUUUGCCAUUCUAUCGCAUAACGUCUGCAAGAGGUGCAAAUAGUGUAGAAAGGUUAUGCAAAACGAGCUCUAUCCAACGAUACCAAUUAUUAAAGAUUUUACCCAAAAGUGAAGCAAUUCAAUUGAUUUUACAAAAAAUUCAUCGGACGUGCGCUAAGGUGUGGCUAGCCAAUCAGAGGCCAGACUUCAGCUGUGGCGUCAGUUUUGCGCAUGAACCCCCCCCCCCUCUCCUCCUCCUCCUCUUCCCCCUUUCCCCCGUCCGCGUUUGAGCGGACGGGCAACGCCGCUAGUCUACACUACAUAAAGUAAGCUUCAAGCAACGCCAAAUCUACAAUCUACACUUAUCAUGCGGCAAAUGUUCUGCUUAGUGGCGCCUCAUGCCCGAAAAUUUUAUCAUUUUAGGCCUGGUCUUGAACAGUUAUUUUUUGAACAUAAUUCCAUCGAAAACCUAGUCUAUCUCCUUGCCGUGCCGCUCAAGUCAUACCAGCGUAUAUUCUCCUCUUCGGUUUACACCUCCCAAUAUACUAAAACGAACGAUUCUCCUAUGGGAAUUUUGUGUUUGCCUCGCGAGAUUCAACUCAAAAUCUUUGCCGAACUUGGUACUAGAGAUUGCACCGCACUUGGCCUCACCAACGCAUAUCUCUGGGGUCUCGCACUCCCGGUCCUCCACGACAAAUGGGCCGCACGCUUGGGUGCUUGGGCAGGAGAGAAAAUCGUCUGCGUUGGGGAGUUGGUCGAGCCCGGAGAUUAUCCCCCCGGACUUUUCUCAGACGCUGAGAUUCUCUCCUUCGACGAGCCUGAAAUAAGAAGUGUACUUAAUAUUGAUCCUUUUUUCGGCUAUAGGCCUAGGUCUGUAACAUUAUAUGACUUCGGCUCUCACGUAAUAGGCCGCGAACAAGAGCUUGGAACUAUAUGGAAGGGUAUGAAAAGAGACAGACUUCUCCUUAAAUGUAUUAACAGCGUGGCCGACCAUGACAUUGUGUGGAAGGGUCCAGGAAAGCAUGACUUCAAGAACUUCGAAGAGCACUGUUUCUAUCCACGAGAUCAACCGUGGGUCCUCCGUAACUUAACGACCAAGGAGUUUGUUCGGUCCGAGGCCCUCGCUCUAAAGCCAGAGUUCAUACAGGGGCCAAGAGUUCAAGGCAUAGGCUUCUCGCACGCUAUCUUGUCUCGUAUCUGCUGGUCAUCAGCGCCAGAUAUCGAUAUGGGAGACCCAACAAGAAUCACAAGAGGGGUUUGGGCAGGGCAUUGUUUUGAUAUUACGCAGCUCUCAAAACAUAUCGAGCUGACUCAGGGAGAAACAUGGAUCGAUGUAAGCAGCGAAGUGAUGGAUGAUAUUUCUCGUAUAUGGGAGCGCAAGUAUGGAUCUGAUUGGCAAGAGCGCGUUAUCGAGAACACAGAGCGGCACGGAAUUCACACGUCCCUGGAUAUUUAUGAUGAUUUAUAAUUGGAAAUCUUGUAGUUGCGAGUUGCUAGGCUGCUAAAGAUUGUGCUGGAUUCUUUAGCAAAGUCAUCUUUUGCUGUAUCGUUUUCAUCUAGGUCGGGGACCUAAAUUUAAUAAGCUACUCUCUACCUACGAAUAUCUGUUCCCCAGGCUUG